UUUGCCGCCACACUCCGCCCCACCCCACCCCCACCCCCGCUCGCCCCCGCCCCUUUCUGCAUACAGGUGGAGACCCCAGCGGUCCGGUCGGUCCGUGGCCAGAAAGCGGGCAAGAUGGAAAGAUUUCAUCCAUCUCCCUCUCCCUCCGUCCGAUGUAGCGGGAGAAUCGGUACGGGUGGAUUUACCACCCGUGCACAGAGUGUGAGUAAUCACUGCUCUCUCAGCGGGAGCGCCCCCAGCCCCGCCAUCCGUGGCUACAAGAACAGGUGCGAAGGCACGGGAAAACGGAAGUGUACCCGGACCACCGCCCUGUCCUCAGACUGACAAGAAACCUGAAGGGGCCGCUGAAGUUCUCGUCGCGACUGGCAAGGCCCAUGAGGGGGGCCCUGCUGCAUUUCGUUUCUGCCAGUGUCAGCUUCGAUGCAAGCGCACAAUUGGCGAUGGCUUGGAAAACCUCAGAGUGACAGUUCUGUCCCACAAGUAGAUUAAGCUGGUCGGGGAAGAGGGUUUUUUCUGUCUCCGUAGAGCUGUAUAUUUAUAGACGCUAUGAGAAACAGGGAAGGAGGAGACAGAGAGAGACUGCAACUGGGAGCGACCGACGCAGCGACCGUCCUCGGAGGCAAGGCAGGAGAUCGAGGAGGGGGAGUUUUCAUGAAGGACGCCAUGGUUGUUCCCGACCCGUGUGACGACCUGUACGCUUGUCAGCCUCGAGGGCUUGCCGAGGGCAGAACCUCUUUGCCCACGCGUUUGUCUGGAGCGGGAGCAGUGGGCGAAUAAAAGUGGGGAAGGGCGCGGGACGGCGUGGGGCUGAGACAAGGCAGGAGCGGCGGGGACGUGGAGCGUCCACGGGCACGUGCAGGUAAACUGCGGGAAGAAGGCGCAGGUGUGUUCCCUGGCGGCAGCACACGAGCAGACGUAGGCAGGUGUUGCGUAAAGGUUUUACUUACUGACUUUGGCCUGUGGGAGAGGGGCUGCCGCGAGGCUGCAGGCGCCCGGGCGGGGCAGAGUUGGGGCGGGGCGCUGGGGGGCGGUGCCCCUCGCCCCGUGGCGCAAAAGCGUCAGGCACUUCCUUCGAGCCGGAAUCGAACCAGCGACCUAAGGAUGCCCACACGUACCCAGCCUACAGUCCUCCGCUCUACCAGCUGAGCUAUCGAAGGGUGCACGCUGACAGGCCCGGGUCAUUGCUUCUUCUUGAAAUGACGGAGGCCACCACACUGGCAAGCCGGAGGUCCGGCAUGCCUUGGCGUGGUUGGAAGGCCCUUUAGAAAAAAGAGCAGGGCCGACGCCGCCCCAGCGCCCCUCUCCGGGCAGAGCGAGCAUAUCCCCUGCGUUUGGCGGCUGCCCGGCCGGUGGCCCCAGCCUCCCGGGUCGCGAUUGUCAAGAUGCCUGGGCCGGGGCUCUCGCCUGUUGCAUUUCCCCUCCCGGCGCUCCUUUCUACAGGUGGGGACUACAGCGGUCCGUGGCGGCAGUGGCGAGGAGGGGCGUCGGUGAAGCUCGCGUGUUGUUUGUGCGGGGGUGGCCUCGCGGAGGAGCGGAGGAGAACCCACUGGGAUGGGCACUAGAGUGUUACAAUGAUCUGCGCAGAGCGGAGUGGUCUCUGGAGAUGCCUGAUGGUCUGUUCUGAGGAGCAGCUAGCAGCAUGAUGGACCCGGCCAGGGACCACUUACCCCUGAGACGGACUACAGAAAAACUCCCAGAGAUGGAAGUCCAAGUCAAGAGUCACCUGUACCCAAGGAGAUGGCGGCGGCAGCAGCAAGUACCUGUGGUCGAUUUCCAGGCGGAAGUGAGACAGGUAUUCUCAGCCGAGAUGCCAAGAGGUGGUUAAAGUGGUACUGGAACAUCUAGGUAGCUGAUUUCCAAGUGAAGUAAAAAUAUUAUCCAUGGGGGGCGGGGGUGGUGAUGGUGUGGGACCUCUUACAAUGAUCUACAAGACCCUCAUGAUCUUAUCUCCAACCUAGUCAACCUCUCUGACCUAAUUUUGCACAACUCUUCAGUUUUGCGCUGGACGCAGGGCCUCCUUGCUAUUCUCCACACACAGUCCUACCUGGGCCUUUGCGCUAGCCGACCUUUGUGCCGGGGAUGCUUCCUCCCCCUCCCCCUCCGUGAUUGACUCCCUCACCUCCUUCAAGUCUUUGCUUGAAGCAUAGCACCUUCUCGUGUAACCUCUUCUGAGCACCCACUAACAGCUAACACACUAAUUAAUUCACCUAUUGUGUCCAUUGUUGAUUUUCUCCCACUCCCUCUGCCCCUUCUACAAAACAUGAACGCCAAGAGGCCUUUUUGUUACCAGUUCCUCAAAGUGUCUGGCACAACAACAAACAGUUGUUGAAUGGGCAAACAAUGUCAUCAAAGAGAACAGAAUAUAAAAGGAGGGUCCAGGAGCCAGGGUUCAGUCAGGGGGAAGUGCCCGGUUAUCUUGUUUCAUCACCAGAGACUUUCUUAGGCUGAGAGCUGCAGAACUCUGAACACAUAAGGACUGUUCCUGCACUGAGACUGUUUCCUGCACUGAGACUUGACCAGACUCUAGCAUAGCUUCUAGCAGCACAAGGUUCUGUCCCUAAGUUUGACUUCCAGCCUGAGGAAGUUAAACACCUGACACAGGCCCCCAACCUGUGUUGUAAAUAGGGCAUUUAUUAAAAAGGGCUUGCGAUUGCGGAUGUGGAUCUCUUACAACUCUGAAGGGUCCCUCCCAUCUCAAGGACUUUGAAAUGUGAUCGGGAAGGAAGUAGGGCCUAUCUCCCAGUCUGUGGGAGGAGAGCAUCCUCAGUUCAGUAACUGCCAGCUAACAAACACAACCGCCUAACAGCAGUUACACCGAACUACCCUUUGUAACCUUUCACUUCUCUGACUGGACUGAGCCCGCUUCCUCUCAUUCUUCCGGGAAAAUGCCCAAAUCACCUCCGCACAAAUCGGAUUGGAGCUCAGCUCUUUCCCCUACUGUCAGUAGUCACUGAAUGACAUCUUUUUUCACCACUUUACUUACUGUCUGCUGCGUUUACCUUUGACGGAGUCCAAGUCAGAAAGGACCAGAGGGCACUUGGUGGGGCCACCCUGUGUGCGUGGUGGGGUGGUACGAGGGGGAAAGGGCUGAAGGGCACCUGACCCUGGCCGCCCGGGGUCUCGGGCGACACGACUGGCUGCGG